AGCACAUGCGCAGUAACGACGAGGAGGUUGAAAGUUGAGGGCUGGUUGGAGCAUGGCUCUCGCUUCCGGAAGUGGCUGCUGCGGCAACAUGUUUGAGGAGCUGGGUUUAAUCGGGACCAUAGGCGAGGAUGAGGAGGUGGCGGUGGAGUCCGAGUCCGACUCGGAUGACGAGGAGGAGGAGGGACCCAUUGUUCUGGACAGAAGGCAGAAAGCCUUGCAGAAGAACCGCAGUGCUGAUUUCAACCCUGACUUCGUGUUCACUGAGAAGGAGGGACUGUACGAUGGCAGCUGGGCCAUGGCUGACGUCAUGAGCCAGCUCAAGAAAAAGAGAGCAGCCACUACGUUAGAUGAGAAGAUUGAGAAAGUUCGAAAGAAAAGGAAAAUAGAGGAUAAAGAAGCCAAGUCUGGGAAGUCGGAGAAGGAGAAAGAAGAAAAGGAGGGCUCUGAACCAGAGGGCCAGGAAAACCUUGAAGGGAAAGCUGAGGCUGGCCCAGAUGACGCCGAAUCCGAGAGUGACUACUCAUCGGCUGAGGAGGACAUCCUCACCAAAGCAGAUACACUCAAAGUAAAGGAGAAGAAGAAGAAGAAGAAAGGGCAGGAAGCAGGUGGAUUUUUUGAAGAUGCAUCUCAGUAUGAUGAAAACCUCUCAUUCCAGGACAUGAACCUCUCCCGUCCUCUUUUGAAGGCCAUUACAGUCAUGGGCUUCAAGCAGCCCACUCCCAUCCAGAAGGCCUGUAUACCUGUGGGUCUGUUGGGGAAGGACAUCUGUGCCUGUGCAGCCACUGGGACAGGCAAAACUGCUGCGUUUGCCCUGCCUGUCCUGGAGCGUCUGAUCUAUAAACCCCACCAGGCUCCAGUAACCCGCGUGCUGGUGCUGGUUCCGACCCGAGAGCUGGGCAUCCAGGUGCACUCUGUCACCAAGCAGCUCGCCCAGUUCUGCAGAAUCACCACCUGCUUGGCUGUGGGCGGCCUCGAUGUGAAGUCUCAGGAAGCAGCUCUGCGGGCCGCCCCUGACAUUCUCAUUGCCACCCCAGGCCGGCUCAUUGAUCACCUCCACAACUGCCCCUCCUUCCACUUGAGCAGCAUCGAGGUGCUCAUCCUGGAUGAGGCCGACAGGAUGCUGGAUGAGUACUUUGAAGAGCAGAUGAAGGAGAUCAUCCGAAUGUGUUCCCACCACCGCCAGACCAUGCUCUUUUCGGCUACCAUGACGGAUGAGGUGAAAGAUCUGGCUUCUGUCUCUUUGAAGAAUCCUGUCCGGAUAUUUGUGAACAGCAACACGGACGUGGCGCCUUUCCUGCGGCAGGAGUUCAUCCGGAUCCGGCCUAAUCGGGAAGGGGAUCGGGAAGCCAUCGUGGCAGCUCUCUUGACGAGGACCUUCACUGACCACGUAAUGCUGUUCACCCAGACCAAGAAGCAGGCCCACCGCUUACACAUCCUCCUAGGGCUCCUGGGGCUGCAGGUGGGUGAGCUGCAUGGCAACCUGUCCCAGACACAGCGAUUGGAGGCCCUCCGGCGUUUUAAGGACGAACAGAUUGACAUCCUAGUGGCCACAGAUGUGGCAGCCCGUGGACUUGACAUCGAGGGUGUCAAAACGGUAAUCAACUUCACGAUGCCCAACACCAUCAAGCAUUACGUCCACCGGGUGGGGCGGACAGCACGUGCUGGCAGGGCUGGUCGCUCAGUCUCCCUGGUGGGAGAAGAGGAGCGGAAGAUGCUGAAGGAGAUUGUGAAGGCCGCCAAGGCCCCUGUGAAGGCCCGGAUCCUUCCCCAAGACGUCAUCCUCAAAUUCCGGGACAAGAUUGAGAAAAUGGAGAAGGACGUGUAUGCAGUCCUGCAGCUGGAGGCUGAGGAAAAAGAAAUGCAGCAGUCGGAAGCCCAGAUCAAUACAGCCAAACUGCUCCUGGAGAAGGGGGAGGAGGCACCAAACCAAGAGCCUGAAAGGAGCUGGUUCCAGACCAAAGAAGAGAGGAAGAAGGAGAAAAUUGCCAAGGCUCUGCAGGAGUUUGAUUUGGCCUUAAGAGGAAAGAAGAAAAGGAAGAAGUUUAUGAAGGAUGCUAAGAAAAAGGGGGAAAUGACAGCAGAGGAAAGGUCCCAGUUCGAAAUCCUCAAAGCACAGAUGUUUGCCGAGCGGCUGGCCAAGAGGAAUCGCAGGGCCAAGCGGGCCCGAGCAAUGCCUGAGGAGGAGCCGGCGAGAGGUCCUGCCAAGAAGCAAAAGCAGACAAAGAAAUCUGUAUUUGAUGAGGAACUUACCAACACUAGCAAGAAGGCCCUGAAACAGUAUCGAGCUGGCCCCUCUUUUGAAGAAAGGAAAAAAUUGGGCAUGCCUCACCAGAGACGAGGAGGGAACUUUAAAUCUAAAUCCAGGUAUAAAAGGAGGAAGUAGCCAUGGUGACCUGAAGAAGUCUGUGGGCAGCCCUUAAAUCCCUUCCCUGUGGGAAGUCAUCCUGGCUUGGUUUGCCUUUUCUCCAUUUGUAAAAAGUUUCUUAAAAACUUUA